CGGCCGUUUUCCGGCAUCUUCACCGCUCCGUACUCGGUAAAAUGGCAGAGGUCGGCCAGCGGCUGGGGAGCGGAGUUUACCGGCUGUCCGCUCUCAGAAACAGCCAGGGCCGACCGGUGUGCAUCGGAGAAAGUCCCGGAGGUCUGCUGGUUCACUGCAGCUUCAGUGACAGUCGGAAUAAAGAGAAAGCAACAGCGGAGCAACGUGAAACUCAACCGGUGGCAAAAAGCAGAGCAACACAACGCGAGUCAAAGAAACUUUACAGAGUGACAACAAGUGAAAGUCAGCAGGGGAAUGGGACUUUGCCCUGUGCCGCAGCUUUGGAGCUCGGCUCACCCCGUUUCAUUGGGUUUGCUCACACCAGAGAGAGUCUGCAAGCUUACAGGACCGCCCUGUACCUCUCAGCAGGACUCCAGCCUCUGCUCCUGCCUGGUAGGAUGACAUCCUGGACCAGAGGAGCUGUGUCCGUCCACCCCGACGCCUUCACGUCCCCUCAGCAGCUCCGAGCUUUCUGCACUGUCCUCUUUAUUCUGGCUGAGCGAGGGUCAGAGAGGCCAGGUUGUGGGCUGAGACUGAGGCGUCUUAAACUACAUCCCGAUACCUCGCAGGCGUCUGCGACUAGAAGCUACAGCUGGAGGAGUAACAGGAGGACACAAGACGCUCCUCUGCUGUACAGAAGCAGGACGGCCUAUUACGACGUCCUCAAGGUGUCCCCUGGUGCCACACAGUCCCAGAUCAAGACGGCCUACUACAAGCAGUCCUUCAUCCACCACCCGGACAAGAACCCGGGGGACAAGGAGGCCACCGUGCACUUCUCUGUGAUCAGCGAGGCUUACACGGUGCUGGGCAACAUCACCCUGAGGAAGAAGUACGACCGAGGUAUUCUGAGCCAGUCGGACAUCCAAAGUGCAGGGAGACCGCCCUCCAAAGAGACCACGAGCAGAUCCACGGGCUCCCCACAUCAGCAGCAGCAGCAGCAGCAUCAACACAGAGCACGCCGGUUCUCCCAAACUGGGGGGAAGGUCAUGUUUGAUUUUGACGCCUUUUAUCAGGCUCACUACGGGGAGCAGCUGCAGAGGGAGAGGGACAUGAGGGCCAGGAAGCAGCACAUGCAGGAGGAGCACAAGGAGAAAAUUGCCAAGGGGAGGCAGGCGAAAUUGAUGGAGAUGACCGUGGCGAUGCUGCUGACCAUGGCCGGCCUAAUAUUAGUCAAUAUUAGGUCCUGAAGUAGAAGCAGCAACCUGUCUCUAUGGAGGAGGUGGAGAGGGGUUAUAAAGGGGUUGACUCGGGUUUGUUUUGCAACUGAAAGCAAAGUGUUUGCACAGUUUCUAACAGUUGAAGAUGAUUUUAUUUAGCGUGGUGCUGGAGUGAACGAGAGCUCAGAUGUUUCAUUCACAAGCAAAUGAAUGGUUUCUGUAUUUCUUCACGUGUAGGAUCUUUAAAGAGCAUUAAACAAACAUUAUACAUGUACAUGCUGUAAAAAAAAAAAAAAAA